AUGUCCACUUCACUCUCGAUGACUACGUUCAAUGUACGAGACCAUGCAGACUUGCGGAAGGGUUCAGCGCGCGGUCAGCGGCGGGGUGUGGUGGUGGAGGGGGCGCGGGGAGGGGAGCAGAGGGGGCGAGGUGUAGGCGCGCUGACAUCACCAUCGAAGGCAGCCGCUCUUACAUCACCGGCGACUGCCUCCCACCGGCCGCGCGGAGCCGUCGCGCUCUCCGUUACUGCCAUCGACACUACAUCGUUCACGUCCGACGCUUUUGUCGGUCAUGCGAAUAGCGACACGAUGCGGGACGGAUGCGGCGCGGUGUCGGUGGCCGCCGACCGGCCGUGGGCGGUGCCACCAAACAUUCGA